UCAGCCCUCUCUUCCACAGAGAGCAGAAGGAAAAAGCUUGGGGCUUUAUCACCCAGCUCACUCACACUGACACAACCUCACGGAUUACGAUCUAACCCGGGCAAAUGGUUUGAGGGACAGCAGCACUUGAAAGGACUGAAGAUUCUGUCUCCUCUGGAGAUGGCACGUCUGCAGAAGAUCUGCUUCCUCCUGACGACUUUGCUCUUCCUGACUGGAGCAGUGAUGUCACAGGUCAAUCCAAGUGUGUGUCGCUACCCCCUGGGAAUGACCGGUGGGCAGAUUGAGGAUGAGGACAUCUAUGCUUCCAGUCAGUGGUCUGAGUCUACUGCAGGGAGAUACGGCAGGCUGGAGUCGGAAGACGGGGACGGGGCGUGGUGUCCGAACUCGUCGGUGGAGCCCGACAGCGCCAAGGAGUUCCUGCAGGUGGACCUGCGCUCGCUGCACUUCAUCACGCUGGUGGGCACCCAGGGCCGGCACGCCGGGGGCAUCGGCAAGGAGUUCGCCAGGAUGUACAAGAUCAAGUACAGCCGCGACGGCAGCCGCUGGGUUUCCUGGAGGAACCGCUACAGCAGGGAGGUUAUAGAGGGAAAUAAGAAUGCCUAUGACAUCGUGCUGAAAGACCUGGAGCCGCCCAUCAUCGCCCGCUUUGUCCGCUUCAUGCCCGUGACGGACCACUCUUCCAAUGUCUGCAUGAGGGUGGAGCUCUACGGCUGCGAGUGGCUAGAUGGCCUGGUGUCUUACAAUGCGCCAGUAGGGGAGCAUCUGACCCUUCAUGGCUUGGCUUUUCACCUGAACGACUCGGUGUACGACGGGGCCGUGGGCUACAGCAGGAUGACAGAGGGCCUGGGUCAGCUUACGGAUGGCAUGAGCGGCCUGGACGACUUCAGCCACAGCCAUAUUUACAACGUCUGGCCCGGUUAUGACUACGUGGGCUGGAACAACGAGAGCUUCCAACACGUAGAGAUGGUGUUUGAGUUUGACCGAGUCCGCAACUUCACCACCAUGAAGGUGCACUGCAACAAUAUGUUCACAAAGAGGGUGAAGACAUUCCGCCAGGUGGUCUGCUACUUCCGCUCAAUGUCAGACUGGGAGCCCAACCCCGUGCUCUUCAGCCCGGUGAUGGACGACGUCAACCCGAGUGCCCGCUUCAUCACUGUCCCCCUCCACAACCGCAUGGCCAGCGCCAUCAAGUGCCAGUACUUCUUUGCUGACGCCUGGAUGAUGUUCAGCGAGAUCACCUUCCAAUCAGACACUGCAAUGUACAACACCACACUGGUACCACGAAAAACUGCGCUUCCCGGCAUUAUCCAACCAGCGGAUGACCCAACCCACAAAGUGGAUGAUAGUAAUACCCGGAUUCUUGUUGGCUGCUUGGUGGCCAUCAUUGCCAUCCUCAUGGCGAUAAUAGUCAUCAUGUUGUGGCGGCAGGUCUGGCAAAAGAUGCUUGAGAAGGCCUCUCGGCGGAUGCUUGAUGAUGAGCUGACCACCAGCCUGUCCAUGCAGAGUGAGACGUUUCUCUACAGCCACCAAAAUUCCUCCACAUCCCCCAGUGAGCAGGAGUCCAGUUCCACCUACGAGAGGAUCUUCCCCCUGGGGCCCGACUACCAGGAGCCAUCCCGCCUCAUCCGCAAACUCCCAGAGCUCUCCCAGUCCAUGGAGGAAGCUGCAGGGGCGAGCGGGGUAUCUAAAACAGCUCAAGCCACCAGUCAGGACGGAGUCCCUCACUACGCUGAGGCAGACAUUGUUAAUCUACAGGGCGUGACAGGAAGCAACACUUACUCUGUCCCCGCCCUCACCAUGGACCUGCUGUCCGGCAAAGACGUCGCCGUGGGAGAGUUCCCACGGAAACUGCUCAUGUUCAAGGAGAAACUGGGGGAAGGCCAGUUUGGAGAGGUGCACCUGUGUGAGGCUGAGGGGAUGCAGGACUUCAUGGACAAAGAUUUCUCUUUUGACAUCAGCGAGGACCUGCCCAUCCUUGUGGCUGUGAAGAUGCUGAGAGAAGACGCCAACAAGAGCGCAAGGAACGAUUUCCUGAAGGAGAUUAAGAUCAUGUCUCGGCUGAAGGACCCCAACAUUAUCCGUCUGUUGGCGGUGUGCAUGAACAGCGACCCGCUUUGCAUGAUCACAGAAUACAUGGAGAAUGGCGACCUCAACCAGUUCCUGUCCCGCCAUGGGCCAGGUGACCAGGCAGCCCUGUCGGGUGACACGCCCACUGUCAGCUACAGUAACUUGCAGUACAUGGCUACACAGAUUGCCUCCGGAAUGAAGUACCUGUCCUCCCUCAACUUUGUGCACCGUGACCUGGCCACACGCAACUGCCUGGUGGGGAAGAACUACACUAUCAAGAUCGCUGACUUCGGCAUGAGCCGCAACCUGUACAGCAGCGACUACUACCGCAUCCAGGGCCGAGCUGUCCUGCCCAUUCGGUGGAUGUCCUGGGAAAGCAUCCUGCUGGGAAAGUUCACCACAGCCAGUGAUGUGUGGGCAUUCGGUGUGACUCUGUGGGAGACCCUGACCUUCUGCAAGGAGCAGCCAUAUUCCCAGCUCUCUGAUGAGCAGGUCAUUGAGAAUACCGGCGAGUUCUUCCGCGACCAGAGUCGGCAGAUCUACCUGCCGCAGCCAGCAAUUUGUCCUGACUCAGUGUACAGACUGAUGUUGAGUUGCUGGCACCGCAGCGUAAAGGAGCGGCCAUCCUUCCAGGAGAUCCACCGCACCCUACUGGAGUGCCCUGUGUAGAAAUCCAAUGUGUCUACUGGACUCCAUAGUCCCACACACACACACACACAUACAUUUACACACGCACACUCACAAGGAUAGGCUUACACAUAGGCAAACACAGGCAUGCACACAAACACAUACCCACACUCACAUGCACGCUCAUUACAUUACAUUACAUUACAUUAUAGGCAUUUAGCAGACGCUCUUAUCCAGAGCGACGUACAACAAGUGCAUAGGUUUCAAGAUGUAGAGGCGCAAAAGAAACACUAGAGUGAAGUAAGGAUCGUAGUGCCAGAAGUGACCACAUCGAUCAGGACUCCAACCCUGUAGAGUAAGCUUGUUCAGCAGCAAGAAUCCUACCAAGUACAAAGUACAAACUAGCACUGGAAUCACACCUAAUCAUACAAAAACAAUCCUACCAGAUACACUAACAUAAUCAAAUUAUCCUAGCUAGGUACAAUGAGCUGAACUAUAGGCUAGGGAGGGGUGGGGAGAGGUGCAGCCUGAAGAGAUGAGUCUUCAGUCUGCGUUUGAAAGUGGUGAGAUUCUCUGCUGUUCUGACCAUCACGGGGAGGUCAUUCCACCAGCGAGGGGCCAGGACAGACAGCAGACGGGAGCGGGAAGUGCAGACGCGAAGAGGGGGAGGUGCCAAGCGUCCAGAGGUGGCAGAACGGAGAGGUCUGGCUGGUGUGUAGGGUCUGAUGAUCCUCUGAAUGUACCCUGGUG